AAGGAGGGGUCAGAAAGAGAGAAAAGGGACCAUAGAGAGAGAGAGAGAGAGAGAGAGAGAGAGAGAGAGAAGCUAACAGUUUCAAAACUCGACGGAAUUAGAGUUUCAAACUUCAAUAAUUAGUUCAUCUGUCGUUUAGAGAUUGGGUGGUUAUAUCCGUGUUAUAAGACUGGUCGCCUUUAUCGUUUUUUUGUCUUGUUGUCAUUGUUUGCGUUCUUGUUUUUCCUGGAUUCAUUGCGUGACAGUAUGUCUCGGUCUGACUUCCCCCUGGGUUACGAUGACUCUCAUUCCCCCUCUAUGGCCCCCAAGGUGGUAACUACCCCCUCCCCCUGCUUAUGGCUUCCCUGCCAAUGGAGGUCCCCCAUCAGGCCAGCCCUCGUCCUUCUACCCCUCUGGUCCCCAUGGACCUCCAUACCCCGGCCAGCCUGCCGGGUACCCUGCUGGGCCCUACCCCGGCCAGCCUGCCGGGUACCCUGCUGGGCCCUACCCAGGCCAGCCUCACCCCGGGGGUCCAGGGUACAACAACCAGCCUAUGAUGCCACCCAUACCCCCUAUAAUCCCCCCUAUGAUGCCUAGCAGUGCACUGAGCGGCGAUGGAGAGGGGUUUGCGGCAGGCAGCUUUGACAGUCUGAAAGUGCGACACUCCUUCAUACGAAAGGUGUAUAUGAUCCUGGCAUCUCAGCUACUCGUCACUGUCGCAAUUGUGUCCGUCUUCACAUUUGUUGACUCUGUCAAGAAGUUUGUGAUCGCAAACCCAGCUGUCUACUGGGCAUCAUUCGGUGUGUAUUUCGUCACUCACAUUGUGCUGGUCUGCUGUAAAGGACCCAGGAGGAAAUUCCCAUGGAAUGUCAUCCUGCUGGCCAUCUUUACACUGGCCAUGUCCUACAUGACGGGCACCAUAUCCAGUUACUAUGAUACUAAGGCAGUGUUUCUGGCUCUGGGCAUCACCGUCAUUGUGUGUAUCAUCACCACUGUCUUCUGCUUCCAGACCAAGGUGGACCUCACCUCAUGCCCAGGCCUAUUCUGUGUCCUGGGGAUCGUUGUCAUGGUGGCAGGCAUCAUCACAGCCAUUGUGCUCUCCUUCAAAUAUAUUCCUUGGCUUCACAUGGUGUACGCGGCCGUUGGCGCAAUAGUCUACACACUGUUUCUGGCGUACCACACACAGCUGUUGAUCGGCAAGGGGAAGAACUCUAUCAGUCCAGAGGAGUAUGUGUUCGCAGCGCUCUCCAUCUACAUCGACAUCGUCCAGAUCUUCCUGUGCCUGCUGCAGCUUAUUGGUGCAGCCAACAGAUGAAUCCCCGGAAACAACGUUCCUUCCCAUCCCCUCCCCCCUGAGACAGGCAGACUCGGCUCACCAGAGUGCAACUGCACUCACUAUAGAAUUAGAAUGAGUAGAAUGGAAAUACUGGUAUACCUACCACAUAACGUUGUUUUGAAUUGGAAUGUUCUUUCUACUAAUUCUAAUUCUAUGGAUUUGACUUCGCUAACUCACAUAUUUAGCAAUUUUCAUGAAGUCUACUCUUCUGCUAAAAUGCAUCUGCUUGCAAAGACAUAUGUAGUAAUAUAUCCGUAUAGACACCAGUGGUGUAAAAUAACUAAGUAAAAAUACUUUGAAGUACUACCUAAGUAGUUUUUUGGGUAUCUGUACUUUACUAUUUCUAUUUUUGACAACAUUCACUUUUACUCCACUACACUCCAAAUGAAAAUAUAUAAGUUUUACUCCUGUACAUUUUCCCUGACACAUAAGAGUACUUGUUACAUUUCGAAUGUUUAGCAGGACAGGAAAAUGUUACAAUUCACACACUUAUGAAGAGAACACGUGGUCAUCCCUACUGCCUCUGAUAUGGCGGACUCACUAAACACAAAUGCUUUGUGCAUUUUACACUUUUAAUCAAGUAGUAUUUUACUGGGUGACUUUCACUUGAGUCAUUUGCUAUUAAGGUACAGGAUCUUGACUUUUACCAAAGUAUGACAACUGGGUACCUUUUCCACCACAGAUAGACACACUGAAUACAAAGCUGUAACUUUAAUCUAACUAUCUUUAUAUGAAGAUUUUUUAAAUUUGAUAUUUUUUGUUUAUAAAGUAAAAAUGUGUGUUAUGAGCUGGGAGCAGUAAGAUACUUUCUGAACUUGUCCAGUAGGUUUGUGCCUGCUUGAAGGCAACCCUGAGGUGUAUUCACUAGGAGCCAAACGGAGGCAAACAAAAGCAACAGGAACCAAACGGGGAGGGAUAUUCCUGAAAUGGUUCACUAGAAACUUGUUUUUGUUGCAAAACAUUUUCCAAUGUGAAAUGUUUAACUACGGUUUGCACUAAUAAAUACACCCCCCAAUAUCAGUAUUCCUCUGAGACAGAGAGGAAGGAUUUUUUUUUUACUCUGUAUGUCUGAUGCUUUUCUAUGAUUGUUACAUUUGUAAUUGGGUAGUCAUGAGCGAAAGCUCAGUGCUGAUUGGCUUGAUUUUUAUGCACUUUUUGGUAACGAGUGUCAGCUUAGGCUGCGUUUAGACAGGCAGCCCAAUAUUCUUUUCACUAAUUGUUGACCAAUCAGAUCAGCUCUGAAAAAGAUCUGAUUAGUGGAAAAAAGAUCAGAAUUGGCUGCCUGUCUAAACGCAGUCAUAGUGAUGCCAUCUUUAUUAAGAUAUGCUUUUAUGUAAAUGUAAUGUCUGUUUCUGAUGUACUUGUUAACACAUAUAAGAGUAUACCUAAUAUAGUAUUGUGAAAUUCUGUUAGCUGUAUUGUUAUGUACUGGUUUGAACAUACCAGGCUCGAAUGUGUGUUUAGAACCCUCAGAACAGAACAUUCCAAUUGAUCACUUGGCAAACUGCUGCCAACUCCAAAUAUUAGAGUAGAACACUGAGAACCAUAGCCGCAGGAAGCUCUUUGGGGGUCGUGGAGCAGUGCUUUUUCCACCGGAAGGUGGGUAGUGGCGCUACAGACCUGCUAUAUCGGCUAAUACAGGACUAGUAAAUGCACAGUGGACUACUUUGGUGAGAAUUUCUAUUGUUACAUUUGGAUUCCUCAGGGGGUGCAGCACCCCUACUUUCCGUGGCUAUAGAGUACCACAGUAUGAGUCAUAAUACCCAUGAAACCUAGCGGUCAAACAAGGAAAUGGUUCCAAUAAUUUUUCCCACAGGUGAUUUUAGAAACACUUAAGUACUUACUACGGGCUGUGUUUUUUGUAGGCUUAGCCUGGCAUGACAUUUUGUGUAAAUCUCUUUAGGACAAGGUGACUUUUGUCUAUUUAUUUAUUUAUUCGCCUGUAUUUACCCCCCCCCCCCAAAAUGAAAUGACAAUUAGCUGCUAUUGUGGCUAUCAUAAAGAACUACAAAUGCCAUGAUGAUCUGGACGAAACUGCCAAAUUCGAGGCAAAGGUAAGAAUCUCUGGAUUACCUAUCUAAUGUUAGCUAAAUGUUGUAAUUAAUAAAUUGGCUACAUUUAUUUAAA